CUCUUGAUUCUUUUCACAGCGUCACUUCAGUGUAACUUCCUCCAGAUGGAGACCUUGUCACUGUGGAUAUAUGGGCUUCUGCUCAUCAGCCUCACCAGAGCACAGCAACUCAACCACUUUCCUGAAGGUUUUGUGGGGGCAAAAUGGAAGGACUCAAAUCCAGUCACACUGACCUGCCGUACAAAGACCAACGGAGAUGUCACAUGGAAGUUUGAAGGUGAUGAGAUGGAGGAUGACGAUUACGAUGAAAAAAUCCAGCGGAAUGGUCGAGAUCUGUCUGUGUCUAUGGUAGAAAAUCCCAUGUUGGGAGAAUACAGCUGCUGGAGAGGAUCAGAAAUGUUGUCAUCAACCUAUCUGCUGCUGAAGAAAGAUGAGUCAAAUGAUUUUCCUAUCAAGUGUCGGGCAAAGUCGUAUGACUGUAACUUCAGCUGUGAUUGGACCCACAGUACACAAAGAGCAGUGCGCCUUGGACUGGGCCAUGACUGCCGAGAAGGUAGGGAGUCGUGCCAUUGGGUCAGCAGUGUUCGGCCUGUAAAAGGAAAAUUCCACUUUAAUUUGUCCCACUCCCUCUCACCCUACGCUGAGGAAACCACCAUGCUCGAACUCACUGCCGAGGCCAUCACCACGGACUCAAUCCUCAGGGGGACCAAGAGUUUUUAUCUCAGAGACAUCAUUCAACCCGAUAGUCCCCAGAUUGUCAAGUGUCAGGAGGAGGAGGAGAACGUGAAUGUGACCAUUGACGCACCACAGAGCUGGUCAACUCCUCAAAGCUUCUUCACUCUGGAGCACCAAAUCGAAUACGUCCUAAGAGAUGAUGGAACGUCUGGAUUUUCCUCAACUGCUCUGAUACCGAAGGGGGUCAGCAAGCUGAGGGCUCGCUCCAGAGACUCGCUGGUGCCCUCGAACUGGAGCCAGUGGACUCCCUGGAAAAAUAUGAUAACCGGAAAAAAGAACCUAUGCAAAUGCAAAAACACUGAAAAAUCUUGCUGCCCAGAGUUGCCAUCUGGGUACUUGGACAACUGCAAGAAGAGAAGGGAGAAAAAAAAGAACAACGACGCCAAGUGGAGCCAGACUUCUUAAAAAGAAGAUGCUUAAUAAUAACAUGUUUUACAACUGGGAUUGUGCUGGU